UUGUAUAUAUUAGGGUGGCGCAAAAAAACCGACUAUUUUUUUUUCGAGUCUCUUCUGAAAAUUUGUUGGCUUACGAUGUUUUAAGAAGCCUCUUCAAAAAUCGACGAUAAAAAAUUUUCAAGAGAUCGCUCACGAAUUUUUAAAAUAUCAAAAAUGAUUGAAAUUUGAAUUUUUAUUUCAAAUUUUUUUCUUUCUCGUGGCAGCAAGCGAAAAAACCUAAAAAUUGAAUUAAAAAAUAAAAAAGUAUGUAAAUAACUUAUUAUUUCUAUUUCUCUAUUAUAUUUCCAUUCGUUCUGAUGCAAAUUGAUGGUGAAAAAAUCGAGAAGCUUUAUUAUCAAUAUUCAAGGGUCGCUCGAGACGUUCAAAAGGCAGCACUCGGAAACAUUCAAAAUUUUUGAGCGAGGUUUAAAUAUUUAAAUUUUAGGCUUAUAUUUUCCGCGUAGUCACGACUUCACAAAUAUGAACUAUUGCUGCCACUGAAAGAAAAAAUUUAGAAGUAAAUUCCGAAUUUCAGUCAUUUUUAAUAUUUUCAAAAUUCGUGAGCAACCUCUUGAAAAUUUUUUAUCGUCGAUUUUUGGAGAGACUUCUUAAAACAUCUUAAGCCAACAAAUUUUGAUAAGAGUUGACAUUUAUAUUAUUUAUCGAAAACAUCAUAUAAUUGAUUGUAAAUUUGAAAAUUUCUUAGGUUUUUUUUUCUUAAACCAUUCUAAAACAAAUUUUUUCUUUUUAAAUUAGACAUUUAAAAUGUGCGCUCGACCAAAUUCGCUAUUAUGCUGCUCUCAAGCGGAGGAGUUUGGCAAAACGGAACCCUAUUUAUGUACAAUAGCAGAUAUGCUAUCAAUAAGGUUAUGAAAAGAGAAUUGUUAUGAUAGAAUAUAGUGAAUUUGUAAUGUGUUUUUUGGAGUAACUUUAAAUUGAACUAUUUCUCUAAUUUCAAUUCAAUCAGCUACACUAAGUUAUUAAUUAAUUAAUAAUAAUUUAUUUAUAUAUCUUGAUUAAGUAAAUUUGUCGGAUUUGUAAAAAAAUUGUACAACUAUGACACCGCCAAUGGAACGCAUUCAAAUUUUAGAAUUAAUUGAAAAAGAUAUAAUCAACUGUUUACAAAGUGCUGGUCAGGCCUUUGUGGAACUUAGUAAAGAAAAAUCAAGUCUGAAACAAGCUGAAGGUCAAACACAUCAAUUUUUAAAAUUACUGGGUACUGUUGAGUCAAAACUAAGUGAACAAAUUAAUUAUCUUACUCAAGUGUCCACAGGGCAGCCACAUGAAGGAUCAGGUUACGCGAGUCAGAAAGUUUUGCAAAUGGCUUGGCACAGACUGGAACAUGCGAGAAGUAGAGUUAAUGAAUUAGAUCGUAUUAAAAAUAAGCAUCUUCAUGGGAGAUCCAAUAGCAGACCAACACAAUCGUUACCACCUGCAGCAAGUGCAUCAGUACAAAGUUCAACCUCAAAUCCUAGUUCUUAAUUUUGUUAAUGGGUAAUUUUAAUUUUGUAAAAAUAAGUAUUUUGUAAAAGUUAAUAAAUUCACUGCUAUUAUUAAUAUUAUACAUUUUAAU